GGAGGAGGAGGAGGAGGAGGAGGAGGAGGAGGAGAGGGCCAGGCGCCGAAUACUCGGAACCGGCCGACGAGCGAGCGAGCGAGCGCGCGCGGCAUGCCGGGCGAAGAGUGGCAUGGGGGAUCGGAAGCACGCGCGGACCGGCCAGCCACAAAUGCAACGAGCCUCAUUUUCUUCCCGUCUUUGCCCAUCAUCAUCAUCAUCAUCGUCGUCGUCGUCAUCAUUAUCAUCAUCGCCACCACCACAUAUGUUGCCAUCCUAAAGGGCCGUUCUGCUUAUUAACAAAAAAGGAGGAACUUGCUGUACAGGAAAAGUUUGUGUCGGAUCGAGAUUAACGAAGUGUUCCCCCAUCAACGGAGUGUUCCCCCAUCCCCAAACCGUGCCCCGUCAUGGCUUCCAAACUAAACCCCAACGUUCUGUAUGUGGCCGAGCCCAGCGAGUCGGACCGAGCGGACCCCGAGAGGACACCUCUUCAGACCGGGGAUGCGGCAGACGAGUCCUCCGACAGCGACGGUGAGCAAGAGGAGACGUCACACAAGCUCAUCCGCAAAGUGUCUACUUCAGGCCAGAUCCGGGCCAAGAAGAGCGUGAAAGAGGGAAUCCUGUUGAAGCAAACAAGCUCCUUCCAAAGAUGGAAACGCCGCUACUUCAAGCUCCGAGGGAGGACGCUCUACUAUGCCAAGGACUGCAAGUCUCUUAUUUUUGAUGAGGUCGACCUGUCAGAUGCCAGUGUGGCCGAAACAGGCACCAAGAACAUCAACAACAGCUUCACAGUUAUCACUCCUUUUCGCAAAUUGAUCCUGUGUGCUGAGAACAGGAAGGAAAUGGAAGACUGGAUCGGGGCCCUCAGAUCUGUCCAGAAGUGGGAAAUCUAUGAGGCCAGCCAGUUCAACAUGGAGCAUUUUUCGGGGAUGCACAACUGGUACGCCUGCUCACACGCCCGACCCACCUUCUGCAAUGUCUGCAAGGAGGCUCUGCCGGGCGUCACCUCCCAUGGCCUUUCCUGCGAAGUGUGCAAGUUCAAGGCUCACAAGCGCUGUGCAGUUCGCUCCACGAACAACUGCAAAUGGACCACACUGGCCUCGAUUGGGAACGACAUCAUUGAAGAUGAGGAUGGGGUUUUUAUGCCCCACCAGUGGCUGGAAGGCAACCUGCCUGUCAGCGCCAAGUGCAUGGUGUGCGACAAGAACUGCGGCAGUGUGCGGAGGCUGCAGGACUGGCGCUGCCUCUGGUGCAAGGCCAUUGUCCACAGCAGCUGUAAAGAACAAAUGGAGAGAGUGUGUCCCCUGGGUCAGUGUAGAGUUUCCAUCAUCCCUCCUACUGCACUUAACAGCAUCGACUCUGAUGGCUUCUGGAAGGCCAUGUCAGUAUCCUGUUCCAGUCCUCUUCUAGUACUCGUCAACUCCAAAAGCGGGGACAACCAGGGUGUCAAGUUCUUGCGCAAGUUCAAGCAGCUCCUCAACCCAGCCCAAGUCUUUGACCUGAUGAAUGGGGGGCCGGAGCUCGGCCUGCGCCUCUUUCAAAAGUUUGUGACAUUCCGUAUCUUGGUGUGCGGGGGUGACGGCAGUGUGGGCUGGGUGCUGUCGGAGCUGGACAAACUCAACCUCCACAAGCAGUGCCAGCUGGGUGUGCUGCCCCUGGGCACCGGGAACGACCUGGCUCGGGUUCUGGGCUGGGGGGGCCUCUGCGACGACGAUGCUCAGCUGCUGCAGAUCUUGGAGAAGCUGGAGAGGGCCACUACCAAAAUGCUGGACCGGUGGAGCGUUAUGACCUACGAGGUUCCUGCUACCUCCAAACCGGCCCCAUCAGUGAGGGAAGAUGACAACCUCGACUGUCCCAUGCAGGUUCACAUCACUCAGUACGCCGACUCGGUCGCGUCCCACCUGGCCACGAUCCUGGAUUCAGACAAACACAGUGAUGUCAUUUCCUCUGCUAAGUUCCUGUGUGGGACGGUGAACGAGUUUGUGGCGGAGGUGGGCAAAGCAUACGAGAGGGCCACGGAGAACAAGGAGGAAGCGGACGCCAUGGCAAAGAAGUGUGCCUUGCUGAAUGAGAAGCUGGAUUCCUUGGUCAAAGCCUUAAGUGAGGAAGCAGAAGCUCAGGUUGUUCCAACGGGUUCCCUGGCUGGCCAGGAAGAUGGUGGCUCAGCCCCAGAUAAGGAUGGCAGUGACGCAUGCUCCGAUGGCCAAACUUACCGCUCCAGGGAGCAGUUGAUGCUGCGGGCCAACAGCCUGAAAAAGGCCUUGAGGCAGAUCAUCGAACAGGCAGAGAAAGUGGUGGACGAGCAGAACCGACACACUCAGGUCCACAGGAUGUGGUCGUCAUCUUCCAUCAAAAGAGAAAACAGCGAGGAACUAAAGGAUGCGGAGAUGCGUACAUGCUACAGACGUUUAAGUCCAACCUCUCCCAUCGUCCUGGAGCAACCGAAGAGACUCCACGCGGUCAACUUCAACGAGGACUCAGUACUAUGCUUGGAGAAGUGUGUGAUGAACAACUACUUUGGCAUCGGUCUGGACGCCAAGAUCUCGCUGGAGUUCAACAACAAGCGAGAAGAGCAUCCUAAAAAGUGCAGCAGUCGCACAAAGAACAUGAUGUGGUAUGGAGUGCUGGGGACUAAAGAGCUGGUCCAGAAGACGUACAAAAACUUGGAGCAGAGGGUUCUGCUUGAGUGCGAUGGUGUCUCCGUUCCUCUUCCGAUUCUCCAGGGCCUGGCGGUGCUCAACAUUCCCAGCUACGCAGGGGGCAUCAACUUUUGGGGAGGCACCAAGGAGGACAACAACUUCGGGGCUCCGUCUUUUGACGACAAGAAACUGGAAGUAGUGGCUGUGUUCGGCAGCAUGCAGAUGGCCAUGUCCAGAGUCAUCAACUUACAGCACCACCGUAUUGCACAGUGCCGCCAGGUGAAGAUCACUAUCCUAGGGGAGGAGGGUGUCCCUGUGCAAGUGGACGGCGAGGCUUGGAUCCAGCCACCGGGUAUCGUCAAGAUACUCCACAAGAAUCGAGCACAGAUGCUCACCAGGGACAGGGCGUUUGAGAGCACACUCAAGUCGUGGGAGGAUAAGUUAAAGAUCGACAGCGACCGCGUCAACAGGCCCCGCCUCAACUCACAGCAGUCCAUGGAGUACUUGACGGAGGAGGAGUGCGCUCAGGUGCAGCAGCUGGGCACGGUGGCCGACACGCUCAUCAGCAAGAUCCGCGAGGCCGCCAAGACCCACAAGCUGGUGGAGCAGGAGCUGGCACACGCCGUCAACGCCAGCGCCACGGUGCUGACCGAGGCCAAGCUGUCCAGCCCUGAGUUUUUGAGUCGCAGCACAGCCGUGGAAAUUGUCAACAGCAGCAAAGUUCUCCAGGCAGAGACAACCAUGUUUCUGGAUGGAAAACAUCUGUCCGAGUUCCCUGAGGAAGAGGGUCUCCGCUUAACCCUGAACAGCCUAAGUGCUGAGCUCCACAAGCUGGAUGACAUCCACCGGAUCUGUCCACUCACGCACUGUGCCGAGGAGGGGUUGGCGCGUCCCAGUAGUAAAAGCAGCAUAAAGCUUAAGAUCAUGCCCAAGGCGAAGAGGGAGAAGGAAAAGCUCCACAAGCAGAAGUCAAACAGCUCGCUCUCAGGAACACGGGACGUCAAGUGUACGACUCCUGAAGCAGAAUCGCCAGGCAACCGACGAUCUUUUCCGGCCCCUAACCUUGACCUCCGCGAGUGAGGAGACGCCGUCCUCUCAUCUGCCGGCACCCGCUGUACUGACCGUGGCGUAGGCGGCAAGGAUCAGCUGUUUUGCGUUUCCUUACUGUGCAUUUUUUUUUUUUU